AUGGAGUCAACACGGAAUGUUGAGCUCACUUGUGCUGAAGUUGUUCGCGAUCUUUUAGACGCUACGCUGGCAAACAAAAGCCCCAGUUCUUUUCAGAGCUCUUGCCCGGGUGGACGAAUGUUAACUAGCUCUAAAAAUAUUGAUGAGAAUUCCAACUGUACGACGAAAAAAUCGAAAUCUAGUGGCGGCUUCACCUGUUGUGUCCCUGGUUGUUUCAACAACAACAAACAAAGUCCCAAGCUUUCCUUCUACAAUUUUCCAAAUGGAAAAAGCAAAGAAUCAGUAGAACUUCGAAAGAAAUGGAUACGCUUGAUUUCUCGGGUAAAUUUUACGCCAACGAUAGGUCAGAGUUUGUUCGGAGCACUUUUCUGGAGGCAAGAAAACUUAUACAAAUAAUUUGCCAACCAUUGUACCUAGUUCGCAAGUAACAAAGCUGGCUAAACCCUGCAAUCCAAGACCGACUGUAAAAGCCAGGAACCGGACAUUUGUUUCCAAACAAAACAAUGCUAAUGGAACAACACCACAGAGUAGACGCCGUUUAUUUUCCGAGAUUGAGGAAGAUGCAAACUCGAACCUUGAAAAUAUUGAUCCAAAUGAUCCUGAAACUAUGCCUGCAGCUGGCAAACAAACAGUCGAGGAGUCGAGUGUUCUUGAGGAAAAGAUUGCUUUGCUAACAAAAGAAAACAAAAGACUUCAAGCUGAGAACGAGCAAUAUAAUAUUCAAGUUAUUCAAUUAAAGGAGGAAAUUAAACAUGAACAAAAUAAAAUGUCUUUCUCUGUUGAAAAUUUUAAACAUGAUGACAAACUGAUCAGGUUUUAGUCAGGACUUCAGGAUUAUGCCACUUUUAAAGCACUGUUUGACAGCCUUGGAAAAGCAGUAAACCAUCUUAUUUAUUAUGGCAGUAAUACAAAUCCUGACAAUCUUACAUCCAGUGAUGCAAUGAAACAUGGUCCUAAAAGAUCAUUCUCACCUGAGCAAGAAUUUUUCUUGGUAUUGGUUCGCCUUCGUCUGGGACUGCUGGAAGAGGACCUGGCUGUAAGGGCUGGAAUUUCUCAGACAUACAUGUCGAGGAUAAUUAUCACAUGGUUGGAUUUUUUGCACUCUCGGUUUCGGAGUAUCCCUAUAUGGCCAUCAAGAUCUUCUGUUGAUCGAAACAUGCCAACAGCAUUCAAAGAAAUGUACCCAUCAACCCGAGUAAUCAUUGAUUGCACUGAAAUAUUUCUAGAAACACCAAGCUCUUUCAGAAGCCAAAGUGCUACAUAUUCUAACUAUAAACACCACAAUACUGCGAAAGGACUGGUUGGAAUCAGUCCUUCUGGAGCUGUAUCAUUUGUAUCAGAACUUUAUGCUGGGCGAAGCAGUGAUGAACAAAUAACAUUGGAUUGCGGAAUUCUAAAUUUGUUAGAAGAAGGUGACUCUGUCAUGGCUGAUAAAGGCUUUGAGAUAGAAGGUGAUAUGCCGCUGGGUGUUUCUCUCAAUAUCCCUCCAUUUCUAAGAGAAAAGGACCACUUGUCCAUUGAUGAAGAAACUGAAACUCGCCGAAUUUCCUCUGUUAUCAUUCAUGUUGAACGUGCAAUUUCACGGAUAAAAACUUUUAAAAUCUUAAAAACUAUAUGUCCCAUAACAUUAAGUUCAGAUCUAAAUAAGAUCUGGGUUGUUUGUUCAUAUUUGACAAACUUUUUGCCACCUUUAAUAAAUAAUCCAGAAUAAUAGUGUUAAUACUUGAUGUAAUCGACUACAAAAAGCCCUAAUGGGGAGUGUAUUGAAAAAUGGACGUAUGGAAUUGAUUUGAACAAGAAUUAUUGUCGAUUUCAACUUAGUUUCCACUAAAAUGUUCCAAACUUCGCAAAUUAUUUGCAAAGUUCAAAAGCUGAUAAUGAAAUUUACAAAUCGGUUUUUAACCCGAGCAUUUGAUUGGCUGGUUUGAUUUAGUAGCCAAUCGGAGGUUUUGUUUACAAACCAAUUUGUAAAUUUCAUCAUGAACUUUGGGUCAUUCCAGAAAAGAUCCACACUCCCCUCACUGAGGAAAUUUCUGCCCUCCAGAGGGGAGAAAAAAUUGUUUCUGAUACCCCCUUUGGAUGUCCUAAUACACUUACUAUUAGGGGGGUUAACUUCCAAUUUCCUCUGUGGGCGAGGUAUGUAUGUUUUCUGGAAUGACCCAUUUUAGUGAAAACUAAGUUGAAAUUGACAAUAAAGCAUACAUAAAAGACACUAAUGAACACAAAAACAGGAAUUGUUGCAGUGGUUUUCAGUAUCUUCAGUUUAAAUGCUGUUUAUAUGCUAAGCAAUUGUCUAUAAUGUCAGAAAACAUUCACACCUCACCCAGAGAGAAUUAGGGAGUUGAAGCCCCUUCUCUCUUUGAAUGUUUGGGAAGGGGAGUGACUUGGGACAAUGGUGAAUUGGAGCAAUUGUCCCCUGUUUCAGUUCAUUCACACUUGUCCCAAUUCACCCCAUUUUACAGCACCAUACAUUACUAGUAGAUUUUUUAUUUUUUUAUUUAGGUGCUAAAAUAG